AUGUUGGAUCAGGCUAAGAGGAUGAGGAUGAACGGGAGAAGAAGUAGGAUUUGGAUCGCCGGAAGGAUAUCAAACACUCUAGGAAGUACCUUGCAAGUUGCCCAGUUCACGCACGGACUGCUAUCCAUGCCAAGCCGUCGCAGAACCCACAGUUCUGCCUCAUCAGCAACCACUCUUUCGAAGACAUUGGUAUUUGUGAUGAUUUAUAGACGUUCAUUGAGGUUUUGGUGUCGAGAGGAAGCGUGUAUGUGGUCGGGUGAUACGCGACACACGAUUCGCAUCUGUUUUCACCUCGGGUGGACACCAAAUUUUUUACGCGAUAAACCUUGCAUGUUGAGGGUUAAUCCUCAUCAGCACUGA